AUGUCAACUUCCCUUAUUCAUAAUGAAUCUAAAGAUAUUAAGUCUAAUAUUGAUAUUCCUAAAACAAUUUAUUAUAAAAGGAUGUGUCAAAAAUUAGCUCAACAAAAUGAUACCAUUGAUUCCAAAAAAAAGAUGUCACAACAGAUAGUAAAUACAAAUACCGGCGAUAAGAUUACACAAUAUAAAAAUGAAGAACUUAAUAAAGAUGAAAAUACAUUUAAAGAAAUGUCAACUUCCCUUAUUCAUAAUGAAUCUAAAGAUAUUAUUAACUCUACACUAGUAAUUUGUGAAUCGGAUAUAACACCAAGUGACUGUGAACUUGAUACUACCCCAAUAACUGUUACUUGUUUGAGUCCUUCAAUCGACAAUGAAUUUAACAAGUCAAUAGAGAAUGAUAAAUGUUUGUCUGUGAAUAAUGAAAGAGAAUAUUCAAGUCCAUCUCAACAAAAAACAAAUCAAUCAAAAUGCAAUUUAGAUACGCUUAAGUGUACAAAUAAUAUAACAGAAUCUAGAUUCUUAAAUAAUGCUUGUAGAAGUUCCUCCAAAAAUAUAUCUAUUGAAACAAGUCCCAUUAGUAAAACUGUUUUAUCAUCUAUCAACAAUAUUGAAGUUAAACAAGUUCCUAUUACAAGAAAAACUAAUGCAAAACAAAGAGAUAAUAAUAAUUUAAAUAAAUCUGAUAAAGCUGCCCACUCAUCAUGUAUUAAAGAUUAUAAAAAAAAGUAUGACUCAAAAACGGACGAUAAACAACUUUCUACGGAUAUACUUCAUAACCAAAAAUUAUGUACUUAUGACAACAAAAAACAAACGUCGUCUGUCAAUAUUGAAGUUGAACAAAUUCCAUUUAUAAGAAAGACAAAAGUAUUAGAAAAUGAUAAUAAUACUUUAAACAGAUUUAAGAAAGUCACUCGGGAAUCAUGCGUUAAAGAUUAUAAAAAAAAGUAUGACUCAAAAACGGACAAUAAACAACUUUCUACGGAUACACUUCAUAACCAAAAAUGUUGUACUUAUGACAACAAAAAACAAACAUCGUCUGUCGAUAUUGAAGUUGAACAACUUCCAUUUUUAAGAAAGACAAAAGUAUCAGAAAAUGAUAAUAAUACUUUAAACAGAUUUAAGAAAGUCACUCAGGAAUCAUGUGUUAAAGAUCAUAAAAAUAAGUAUGGCUCAAAAACAGAUGAUAAACAACUAUCAAUAGACAUACUUUGUAACCAAAAAUUAUCCACUUGCGAAAAAAUAAAUCAAAAUAAAGUGCCAUCUAUAAACAUUGAUGUUGAACAAUUCCCUAUUAAAAGAAGAAAAACAGUAAAAGAAAAAGAUAAUAAUAGUAUUGCUUUAAGCAAUGUGAGAAAACCUUCAUAUGUUACAUAUACGACUUCUUCAAUUGACAAUGAAUUUAACAAGUCAACUGAGAAUGUUAAAUGUUUGCCUGUGAAUAAUGAAAGAGAAUAUUCAAGUCCAUUUCAACAAAAGAAUAAUCGAUCGACAUGCAAUUUAGAUACCGUUAAGUGUAAAAAUAGUAUAACAGAAUCUGAACAAUUAAAUAAUUCUUGUAUAAAUUCCUCCAAAAAUACAUCUAUUGAAACAAGUCCUACAAAUAAAACUAUGAUACCGUCUAUCAAUAUUGAAGUUGAACAAGGGUCCAUUUUUAGACAUUCUAAUGCGAGAAAAGUAAUAAUUCGUUCAACUUCUGAUGAUAAACAAGAAACAAAGAAUGGAAGACACGUUCAGUUGAUAACUAUAAAAGAUCAUUAUUCAAAACCAAUGUCUAGUUUUAAUGGUGCUAAAAAAAUAGAAAUCGAUGUUAGCAAAAAAUCUUUUCUUAUAGAAAAAGUAGUAGAAAGUAGUAGUCACUUUUAUGUACCACAAGCGAAAAAAAGAAGAGCCAUGAAUUUCAGCAGUUCUGAUUCAUGA